GCGAUAGUGUAGCGGACUGGGUGGUGUGACUACCGCUCGUCGAAUCAUCUGUGUUAUACAUACGUACGCGUCAUUCUACAAAUGACCCUUAAUCGUGAGACAAAGAAUAAGUAUCAUUUAUUAUUCUUUGGUUCACACAGAAUAAUAAGUGUCGUAAUCGAAAACCUAAGAAAAAGAAACCCUUCUGAUCCUUCAGAUUCCGACUAUUUGUUCUUACUGGUUAAAAUCUCCUUGUACGAUUGUAAAUGCCAUUCCGACGCUAGACUUCGCUACGCCCCUGCUCACGUUGUGUUCUAAUUUCUUGGUUAUUAACCAGCAUGGAUACCCAUUCAUUUCUUUGACGCAAUACUUUUUCAAGCUGCUCAAAUUAUAGUACUACUAUAAUUUGAGCAGCUUGAAAAAGUAUUCCUUCACCAACUUUUGUUUGAAAUAGAAGGUAUCUCGGUGUUUAGACAUUUUGGUAGGUUUUUUUACGAGUCUGCAGUGUUUUGUCGAGCCCGUUAGGGCAAGACAAAAUAUAAAGACGAGAAAAAAGAAAAAAAAUGUCCACCCGUAAUGCACCGUAUAGAAUGAGUAAUAUAACCUAUUCCUUAUCCAACUAUAAGAUUUCCCCCUAUUAUCGCAGGAUAUUUGUAUUCGCUCCAGCCUUCUUCUACUGGAUAUAAUAAUAAUAAUUUUUUUUGUUAUCUAAAAUGCCUCGAGACUAAAAAUUCUUUAUUACUGAUAGACUUAAAACUAUCAUUGAGUUCGAAAAUUUACCAUUUUGACAAAAUAAAAACUUAAAUAAAGAGAAUUUUUAUAAAUAAUUCAUAGUUUUUGCCACUUGCGUCUGUCGCUCUGUAAAACAGUUUCCAACAGGUAGUUUUACUGGUCUCCAGAAGGAAAAUAAAACGCGAUAAGCAGUUUAUUUGUAAAUUGCGUUACAAAACAUCAUUUUCUGAUCAUACAGUCUUCAAAACAAAGAAUAUAACCUAUCCCAAUCUGAUCUGAAGACUUAAUGACGGACCGAGAGGACGGCGAAGGAGAGAUCGGCGCGAACGCGAACGGAAAUGAUUGUUCUCUCACAUUCACCGUGGAAGACGCCAUUGAUAAAGUGGGAUAUGGAAAAUUCCAGUUAAAGCUUCUAUUUAUCAUUGGGUUUGCUUGGAUGGCAGAUUCUAUGGAGAUCACAAUAUUAGCGAUCAUGUCUCCCGCGAUUAGAUGUGAAUGGGACUUAUCAACCUGGGAAGAAGCAACAAUCAGUACGGUAGUGUUUGCUGGGAUGACUAUCAGCACUUGCUUCUGGGGAUUUGUCGCAGACAAAUGUGGACGAAAAAAGGAGCUUAUAUGGUGCACAAUAUUAAUAUUUUUUGGAGGUUUUCUGAGCACGUUUUCGCCCACAUAUAUCUGGAUGGUUGCGUUUCGUGGUAUCGUUGGACUGGGUCUAGGAGGUGUUGCGCAGGCGGCAAACCUCUGGUUGGAAUUUCUUCCUCUUAAGAAUCGUGGAGGACUCGUGACCGUCUCAAUGGUAUCUUGGUCAAUAGGCACGUGUAUAGAAGUUGGUAUUGCUGUGGUUGUAAUGCCUAACCUUGGAUGGAGAUGGUUGCUGCUCAUCUCGUCUUUACCUCUUAUUGCAUUACUUGGCUUGUUUAAGUUUAUCCCAGAGUCUCCAAGAUUUCUCGUUAGUUCAGGUCAAUUCGAGAAAGCUUUGACGAUCUUACAAAGUGUAGCGAAUGAGAACAAAGAAAAGUUGCCUCCUGGGAAACUUGUCGCGUCUUCCUCUUCUGAUCAGAAAGUUGCAAGAGGUAGUAUAGUAGAUCUGUUUUCCGCAAAAUACCGAAGGUCAACGUUUCUUUUGUGGCUCAUAUGGUUUAGCAGCCAUUUUGUAAUCUAUGGAAUAGCACUUAUAACCACAGAAAUGUUUUCUAGAGAAGACAAGUGUAGAGGAAUAAUCAUUGAUGGAUCACGAGCGGAUAAAGAGACAGGCUGUAAAAUACUAGACACCAACGAUUAUCUGCACUAUUUUGUUAUCAUGUCAAGUGAUAUGUUUGGUAUUGUGUUGUGUCUUGCAACCAUCGAUAAGAUAGGAAGAAAGAAUGUACAAGCUUUGGCGUUUGCUGGUAGCGCUAUUUUCUUAUCAGCUUUGUUUAUUUGUACAAGAAGUCGCUUCGUAACCACUUCGUUUCUAUAUGGAGCGCGUUUAUUUAUAAGUAUCGCUGAUUUAUCAGGCUACGUCUAUACACCCGAGGUGUACCCUACGUCAGUCAGAGGUAUUGGUCUUGGCGCCUGUAACGGCGUUGCCAGGAUAGGCUGCAUGAUAACCCCAUUCGUUGCUAUGGUGCUGAUGCCAGCAGCAGUGAAUAUCUCUUUAUCACUUUACCUUGGAUUCGCAGUACUGGGAGUUUGUGCAGCACUUUUGUUACCAAUAGAAACAAAAGGAAGAGCGCUUCAGGUUAGUUUGCUCCUAAUUACCAAAUACACACCCGAAGAAAGGUUACUUGUGGGACUAAGAAAUACAGACUAUUAAAUGUGAAUGGGUAAAAACAUUUCAAAAUUGAACAUCUUUUCCAGGAAAGUUAGCUUCGUAACUUGGCUAAAUACGCGUCAACUGCGCGCAUGACAAGUAGCUAUAUAUCUUGGCCAUUGUGCCAAAACCAUGCCAGCGUUACGCUUGGAAAUAUCAAGGACACCAUCCAUUACAUUGGUAGCUUGCAUAUCCCUUUUCAUGAGAGUAAAAGGACAAAAAACGUGGCCGCCUUGUUGGUUGACAUGACAAUAGAUAUGCAGCAAGACCAAAUCUUUUGAAGUGAAAUGAACAAAAAUGGCGGCUGUGAUGUCACAUGCACCCCAAGAAUACAGCCACGUGACAUCAACGACUUCCUGACGCAUGCAUCGCAUUCAUCGAUGGAUUGGAUCGCAUUUCCAAUCGCUCAAUGGAAACAUGGUAACAUGGAGUUACGCUUAGAAUCACUGAACUUGCGUGACGUAAGAACGCAGAACUCCUAAUUUGAUGUGAGACCAAAAGUAUUUAUUUGUUAUACCACCGAUUAAAAGAACUAAGAUUGCGUGACACCUCCAAGCACAAGCCAUCCCUUGAAGGUGGCGGCGCCGGGUUGUUUAAGAUAUUAACUUAUUGCGAACUAAUUAAAAAGAAAAAACGAUUAUAAUUUUCUUUCAUAUCCAAAUUCACAGCUCACAGCGCACAAUUAAAUUCGGUCAUCGCUCAUUUAGAUUUUAGAUCUCUGACCGACAAGGUUUCUUAAAAUAGGUGUAUAUCCGUUGAUCGGAUAUAGCUUAAAAGUGUUUCUUGUGCAAGCAGAUUUUGAAAUUUGUUUAAUAAAUUAACGGGUUUUCUUCAGUACUCGAUUUGAAAGAAUUUUUUAUCAUAAUACUUCAGCCGGAAUGUCCGGUUUUCCGAUUGAGGUAAUCCGCUUUUCCCGCUCUUUUUGGUCCUUUCGGUAGACGCGUGUACCAUUUUUUAGAAACAAACGUUUCCCGCUCUUUCCUUACCUUAAAUUAUGGCGUUGUUUGUACCGAUGCUACACCAGAAUGCAUCACGUUUAUCGAACACAGAAAAGGACAGUUACCACUCUCCCACGUCGUGACCGCGGAACGCCUAACAUAAAUGACGCUUGAUUGAUCAAAACUACUUGAUAUUUUGAAUUSUUUUAUUGGGCAUUCCACAAAUCAUUUCUGCAUUUAUGUACAGGAUUAUUUUAAUAAAUAUCAUGUAUUUUCUGUGAUAA